GCAAAACAGCACUAUCAUGGAGAUUGCCGGAGCAGCCAGCCAAAACAGUACUGUCACUCAAGUUAAAACUUUGCGGCCUCCUCAUUGACCUAUUAUCUUAAUUAAAAAUUAGAACUUUAAUGUCAUCCAUUUCUGCGAGGCAACUGCGGCGAUCAAAAACCUCAAGCUCGAGCUGGGGUUUGUAUUUUACGCAGAUUUUCUCACACUUCACUCUUUCUUUCAUAAAAAAGCUAUCUUAUUGAAGCCAUGAGAGCUGAAGGCAUGGCAUUUAAGCUCGUCUUAGUUCUGCUCCUCUUCUCUCUUCCUUCAAAUUUGUCAGAAGAUAAAAAUGAUGUAACAAUUGUAAUCAAGAGUUCUGCUAUAGAAGCUGAAAUUGAUGAUAGUUUUGUGUGUGCUACUCUUGAUUGGUGGCCACAUGAGAAGUGUAAUUACAACCAAUGCCCAUGGGGAAAUGCUUCUGUUUUAAACUUAGACUUGAACCAUUCUUAUCUUUCUAAGUCCAUCCAAGCUUUUAGUCCAUUACGAAUAAGAGUUGGAGGUUCUUUAGAAGACCAGGUUGUGUAUGGUGUUGGAAGCUUAGAGUCGUCAUGCGAUCCAUUUACCUAUGUAUCCGGUGGCCUCUUCGGUUUCUCGGAAGGCUGUUUGAGCACGGAAAGAUGGGAUGAGCUGAACCAUUUAUUUCAGAAAACUGGAGCUAUUGUGACAUUUGGUCUUAAUGCCCUUUAUGGGAGGCAUCAAGGGAGAAAGGGUCUCUGGCAAGGCCCCUGGAACUCGAGCAACGCUCUUGAUUUUAUGGAGUACACCGUUUCAAAAGGAUAUCCCGUGGAUUCAUGGGAAUUUGGCAAUGAGCUAAGUGGAAAUGGAGUCAGUGCUAGAGUUGGCGCUCGGCAAUAUGCCAAAGAUUUAAUUGUUCUUAAAGCCAUCAUCGAUGAAUUGUAUGACAAGUAUCGCUCGAAGCCAUUAAUAGUUGCACCGGGCGGUUUCUUCGACAAUCAACAAUGGUAUGCUGAUCUUCUAGAGGUUUCCGGAGCCGGUGUUCUUAAUGCCAUGAGCCAUCAUGUAUACAAUCUUGGUGCUGGCAAUGAUCCUCACAUCGUAAGCAGAAUUAUGGAUCCCAAUUAUCUGAGUCGAUUCGCAGAUACGUUCCGCAACGUCGAGCUCACCAUACAGAAGCACGGGCCGUGGUCGUCUGCUUGGGUCGGCGAAGCCGGCGGCGCCUACAACAGCGGCAGCCGUCUCGUCUCCAACACCUUUCUAAACAGCUUUUGGUAUUUGGAUCAGCUUGGUAUGGCAGCAACGUAUAAUACAAAGGUUUACUGCAGACAGACAUUGAUUGGUGGUAAUUAUGGCCUUCUUGACCUGGAAACAUUCAUACCAAAUCCUGAUUAUUACAGUGCAUUGCUAUGGCAUAGGCUGAUGGGGAAGGGAGUUCUUAGUGUUGAUAUUGGUGGAUCUCCUUAUCUAAGAGCCUAUGCACACUGCAGGAAACAAAAGCCCGGGAUCUCCAUGCUCCUAAUCAACCUAAGCAAAUCGACCGGCUUCGUCGUGACAGUUCGAAGCGAUCAAAAAGUUCUCGAACAAACGGUUUCUCAGAUAAAAAAUGAAGUUUCUGAUGGAUCUGAGAGAAGAGAGGAAUAUCAUUUGAGUGGAAAAGAUGGAGAUUAUCUGAGCAGGACAGUGCUGCUCAAUGGAAAUCCUCUGCAGCUCACUGAAGAUGGAGAGAUUCCAGAGCUAAUUCCUGUGCUUAAUGCUGUUAAUCAUCCUCUCAGCAUAGCUCCUCUUUCUAUUGCUUUUGUUGUGUUCCCCAGUUUCGAAGCUGAUUCUUGUGCUUGAUGAGCUGCAGGGUGGGUUUGGGGCAGUUUAUCUGCUGCAGCGGUAUUUUGAAAAUGUCGCCUCACUGUUUGGAAAUUGCGUUUGAGCAACUUAUCCGAAAACGCAGUUGGUUUCUUACAUUGAACGCAAAACGCGGGUCGAACCUCACGGUCCGCGUUUCCAGAUAUGCGACUUAUCUGGACAAGCACAAGUUGCCCCAAAUGCACUGUUUUGUUUUCUUUGGAAGAUUUACAUGUAUAACACACAUUUC